UUGCAGCUUACAACAAGCCUGAUUAGCAGUAAGGAGAUUACAAGUCCAGCAUAGGAAGUUAACCCGGCCUUCCAGAAAUGCAGCGUUUGCUUCAUGACUCAAACUGCGGCAGAUCGGACUUUUCCAGAGGAUGACGGCCGUCUGGUGUGAACGCAGAGCAGGAGCAUAGAGAUUAAAUCUGCUCCUCAUGGGGGAAGAGUCCCGCUUUAGUUCCAGUGUGCUUGCUGUGUCUUUGGAGUUGUGGAGAACCUAAAAUACUUCCUUAAGCUCCUUAUGACACCCUGCUGGCUGCUUCAGCUGCUCCUCUGUCUUGGAGCCUUCACUCAGACAAAGGCUGCGCCGGCUCUGGACCUCUGACAGUGUUGGACCCUUGUGGACCAGAAACACAGGUUGUGUGGUGAUCGGUUAAUCUCACAGCAGUUUUGCAGGUUGAAGUCAAAUUCUCAAUAGUUGCUCUCCAUCCUGGAAAGGAUUACUGUUUAAAUUGUAUGUAGAUGAAACAUAAAAUCUGCAUUUUACCAGUGCCUUCACCUUCGCAAAGCACUGUUGACCUACAUUUUAAUAAUAUUGUUUGUAAUGUACGAAACGUUUUCAGCCUUAAAGGCGUUUUGAGCUGAAAGCCUUAUUCUGCUGGAAUGAGGAGUUUGGAGAAAAGUUAAGAAGAUGAUUAAUAGAUCAGAUUUCUUCCUGGCCAGUGGUGGAUACGCUUCCAUUAAUUUGCUAAUUGCAAAGCUAAUUUUAAAACUUUAGCAUUUUUGCUAACUUUGAAAACAUUUACCACACUUAGCUUCCCCUAAUUUAAACUCUAACAUGCUAAGUUACUUGGCUGUUUUGUUAACUUUCAGUUGAAUAAAACUUGACGUAGCUGUUUAAGUUUUGUUAGCAACUGUGAAUAAUAAGGUAGUUAGCCAUUUAAAUUCAUGCUCUUAUUUUGAAGUUCAUUAAGACAAUUUACACAGUAGUUCCAUUUCCUCUUUUUUUCCAAUAAUUUUACUGUUCAGAACAAGAUAUAAACAUAAAUACAAUAUAUGACAACAUUACUGAACAUGUAAAUUUAUAAUGUCAAAACUAACUUGAUGCUCGAGUUGCACUCUUUCGAUGGCAGAUAUAAUUUGAAUUGAAGUUAGCGCUUUAGCAUUAGCGGAACCAAGGGUUAAAGCUAUUAACUUUUUAGCUAGCAGUGCCCGCCACUGGCAAAAGAUAUUUAGAUAUUUUAUUCAAGAAGCAGUUGUCAUGUUUGAGACGUUCAUGAUCAAAUACCAAGUGGUUGUUCUGGUUCUGCAGCCUUGAGGCUCUUGGACUUGACCAUGUUCGGUCCCUCCUGGACGUAAGUCCCUCUGAAGCAGAGGGACGACAUGGCAGUCGGAAAGAUUACCUUCACCAAGACUGAAAGAGAGAAGCUAGCUGAAGUCCUCUGGCUGCUCAACUGGAUCUCUGUGGUGACUGGAGCCAUUCUGUUUGGACUGGGCUUGUUUCUCAAAAUAGAGAUACAGAAAUGGCAGGAAGUGAUGUCAGAGCAGGGGAUUCUCUAUGUGCCACACAUGCUCAUCACCACAGGACUAGCAGCCUGUGGCAUCAACUACCUCGGCAGUAAGAUCUGCCUGGACUGCGCUGACACAAACAAGUUCCUACGCUGGAAGCUGGUGAUGAUGCCCUACAUAGUUUGCACCUUCUUCUUCACUGCCUGCGUCCUGGUGGGGGCGCUCAUGUGCUACAGUAUUCGGAGUCAGCUGGAGGAGGCCCUGUACCUGGGCCUAAGGACCACAAUGCGUUUUUACAAGGACACGGACACACCCGGCCGCUGCUACCUGAAGAAAACCCUGGAUCUGUUGCAGAUCCAGUUCCAAUGCUGCGGGAACACCGACUACCGAGACUGGUUCCAGAUUCAGUGGAUCAGCAGUCGCUACCUUGACAUGACCAACAGCGCUGUGGUGGACCGUGUGCGCAGCAACGUGGAGGGGAAGUACCUGAUGGACAGCGUUCCUUUCAGCUGCUGCAGCACGCUGUCGUCCCGACCCUGCAUCCAGCACAACCUGAGCAACCCCGGAGCGCACGCGCACUACGACCAGCGGAGCCAGCAGCUGAACCUGUGGAGGCGAGGCUGCCAGCAGGCCCUGCUGGACCACUACACCGGCAUCAUGCAGUCCAUCGGCCUCACCGUGCUGCUCAUCUGGCUCUUCGAGCUGCUGGUUCUGACUGGAGUCCGGUACCUGCAGACGGCCAUGGAGAACGUCAUCCGGCUCGGGGAUCCGGAGUCGGAGUCAGAGGGCUGGAUCCUGGAGAACAGCCUGGCGGAAACAGCCUGCUACAACUUCAGCAUCAUCAAGAGCCUGGGGAAGUGCUACCAGGUGGACGACGACCCGAACAUCAACGUCCCGACGGCGGCGGCCGACCGGGAGGUUCCGACCCCGGUCAACGUGACCUGCUGACCUCCUGACACGCUCUGACCUGGAGAAGUCCAUCGAUACGUUCUGCCUUCAGAAACAGACGAAGUUUUGCCAUCACAAAAAACUGCAGCAAAACACAAAAACGUUUUAUAAAGAUUUUAGGUUUUUGUACGCUUCUAAAAAUCAACAACAGACUUGAAAAUGUUCUGAAACUAAAUACAGACGGUGCUAAAGCAGAAACAAAUAUCCAAGGCUUGAAUCCAGUCCAAUCCUUCCUGCCGGGACUCUGUCCUCCAGAAACCUGACUGGAGAUUUUAAACGUCCUGCUUGUGUCUCUGUUUCCAGAGACGGACAGAAAGGGUCGGGGACGAGGAACCGUUAGUGACGUUACAGUCAAAAGGUAACAGCAAUAAUUUGGGUUAUUUUGGAAAAACAAAGAAUGUUCAUUUUUCACCAUAUUAUUCAUUAGUUUAUAAGUGUCACAGUCUCUGCGAGCUAAAUAUUUAGCAUUAUGACUAAACAUUUAGCUCACUCAGGGCUACAUAUUCAGUUAACCAACUAACUGUUGGUUACUUAACUUGGACCGAAGUAUUUAGCUGGUUAACUAAAAUUUAGCUUGAUGGCUCAAUAUUUAUCUAGUUCAAACAUGAACGUUUAGCUAACCAACUAAAUAUUUACACUGGAACUCUGUAAAUAUGUAAUUAGCAAGCUAUAUAUUUAGUUUACUAAUUACAUAUUUAGUUCAAAGUUAAUUUUAUAUUAAUAAGAUGGUGAAAAUUUGAACUUGAAAUAUUAACUCCCAUUUUUGUUUCUAAUACUAGAUAAGCUACAUUUUCAUUGUAAACUUACAAACAUUUUCAGGUUGACAUCGGCCCAUAAAAACGGGUCAUUGUCCAGGUUCUUACAUUUUGCUGCCAGAGGGGGCGCUGAGUGCUGCUGGUUUUUCUCCGUUACCAUAAAGCAACAAACUUCAGAAAAAUCUUUACAUAACAUUUGGUCCAACUAUCAUGUCCUUCAGAACCAAGAGUCAAAACAUGGUACUCAAAAAUAUAAUUUUUUAUUUACCAUUAAAUGUUUAUAAUUUAUUUACUUUGACAGCAAAAUGAAGCCAAAGUCAAAUUCCUGUUUGGUGAACAAAAAUUACAGGAAGAAUUUUAGACUGAAAUCUUGAUGCCUUCCUCUUGCUGCUGCAUUCUUAGCUUUACUCUGUUUUCAAAUCGUUUCUGUUAGCUGGAGCUGCUACAGCGUCUCGUUUUAAAUCACUUUUCAUUAGUUCUGUCCUUCAGAUAACUGCUGCAUGUGCUUCAUUCCUCAAUAAACAUCACGUCUUUCA